CGACAACUCCCAGAAUGCUAGUCGGAGAGGGGCCGGAACCGGAAGUGGAGUCGGAGGCGGGACUUGGUGAGUGCCGCUUCCGCCGCGGGAGGAGACUGGUUCAGGGAAAUACUUCUGCAAGUAUAAUAGUUCCUUUUUCUAAUCUGAGUGACAAGGACAGAGGACUAAACGCAUGGACUGGAAAUUGGAAGGGAGUGCUCAGAAAACAGAGUCACGGGUGCUGCAGGAGCAGGAAAUCACCCUGGACGACCCAGGUGAAGAUGGCGUCUCUGAGAGCUUCCAGCUUCUACAGGUUGAUGUGGGAUGUGAGCAUUGGGAACAAGAGGCCCUGCCCACAGGCGGUGCAGCGUGGUGCUCGAAAAAUGUCCAAAGAAAGCAGAGACACUGGGAAAAGAUAGUUGCGGCAAAGAAGAGUAAAAGAAAACAAGAAAAAGAAAGACGAAAAGCCAACCGUGUAGAAAAUUCAGGCAUCUACCCGCAGCACAGCAAACGUUUUCUGAGAUCCAUAAUCAAGGAAAGACUUUUGGAAGCCAAGCACUCAGGCCCAAGACUCUGUAUCGAUUUGAGUAUGACUAACCACAUGUCUAAGAAGGAAUUAAGUAGACUGGCUGGACAGAUCCGAAGGUUGUAUGGUUCCAAUAAGAAAGCUGACAGGCCAUUUUGGAUCUACCUCACUGGGUUCACCACAGACAGCCCCCUGUAUGAAGAGUGUUUGAGGAUGAAUGAUGGAUUUUCCAGUUAUCUGCUAGACAGAACAGAAGAAGACUGCUUUAGUUUAUUUCCUCUGGAAACCCUUGUGUACCUGACUCCGGACUCAGAACAUGCUCUUGAAAAUGUUGAUCUAAACAAAGUUUACAUCCUUGGUGGACUUGUGGAUGAAAGCAUUCAGAAGAAGGUGACAUUUCAGAAGGCCCAAGAACACUCUGUUAGGACUGCCCGCUUACCAAUCCAGGAAUAUAUGGUCAAAUGCCAGAAUGGGAAGAACUAUCAUUCAGAGAUACUGACCAUCAAUCAAGUGUUUGAUAUCCUGUCUACUUACUUUGAGACUCAAAACUGGCCUGAAGCAUUGAAGAAAGGAGUUUCUUCCAGAAAAGGCUAUGUUCUCCAGAACUCAGUGGAAUGAUGGAGAGCCUAAGGAGGCAGCUGCAGGAGGUGAAGUUGCUGGAGUUGUCUUGACCAAAGAGCAGAGCAGAAAAUGGUGGUUGUACUCAUUGGCCUUUACUUGACAUCUUGGCUGUUCACUGGGAUGAAGAGGGACCACAUUUUAUGCUCUUUUGUAUCUCCCAUAGUGCCUCACAGGAAGUGCCCAGAUAUAUGUUGACUAACUAGAAAGUUUACAUAACAAUGAAUUAGCCCUAAGACUACAUGGCUUUGGAUGUUAAUUCAUCUUCUGUACAUCUAUUUGUAAAAUAGCUACUCUUAAGAAUAGCUUAAAUAAUCAAGUAAGAAUUGUUCUAUCAAGAGUUAAAUUUUCACUGCACAGGCAUCAUAAAGUUGCAUGACUUUGUCCAGCCAUCUCAAACAUGCUGAUUUUCCCCAGCUCAGUAAUAUGCUAUACAGACUUUGCAGGGUCAGCCUGUCCUAACAGCCCUGCUUUAAGCCCCCAUAGCAUUUUGUUCCAUCUGUGGCUCCUACUUUGUCUCCCCUAUUCUGAGUAUGGGCAGUGAGUGUUUCUCUCUUCCUAAUAGUAGCCUUGUAACAAUUUGGUGCAGUAUCUUUGUAUCCUUAUGAGCUUUGUACCAACUAGAUUCUUCAUAUAAACUUGUGAUUAACAGGUCAAAUUGAAAAGCACACAGUAUUUUAAGUCUAACUUGAAGAGACAGAAAAUACAUUGCAUCUGACACAA